ACGGGUUCCCCUCCUUCGACUUCUCUCUCACCUUUCAGAAAAUUUUCCCAUCCCUCCCAUUCCUUGAGCCCGACAACACCCUCUCUUCCCCUUUGUCCAGACAAACCCCCUACCGGCAAGAUGAUUAUCUUCAAGGACAAGAUCACCGACGACGAGAUGAUCUCGGACUCGUACGACCUCAAGGAGGUUGACGGGAUCGUCUACGAGGCCGACUGUGCCAUGAUCGAGGAGGGUGUCGGCGACAUUGACAUUGGUGCCAAUGCUUCCGCUGAGGAGGCUGGUGAUGACCUCGCCGACGAGAAGGUCAAGGUCAACAACGUUGUCGCAUCUUUCCGUCUUGUCAGCACCCAGUUCGACAAGAAGGGCUUCCUGGGCUACCUCAAGGCCUACAUGAAGGCUGUCAAGACCAAGCUCCAGGAGGAGGGCAAGUCCGAUGAGGAGGUCAAGGCUUUCGAGAGCGGCGCCCAGAAGUUCGUCAAGGACAAGCUGCUGCCCAACUUCAAGGACUUCGAGUUCUACACCGGCGAGUCCAUGAACCCCGAUGGCAUGGUUGCCCUCCUCAACUACCGUGAGGAUGGUGUCACCCCUUAUUUCAUCUUCUGGAAGCACGGCCUGAGCGAGAUGAAGGUCUAAGGGGAAGGAGAAUCGAGCUCCUGCUCUUGUUCCUUCAACUUGGGUCCUGUGGUUUCUUCAUACCUCCCCAAAACCAAGGGGGAUUAGACGAUCAAGCGCUGCGCAACUUGAAAUCUGGCAUACACGUUGUGCAAAAGAGGAAAAAAAGAAAAGAGAAUAUACCAGUGACGACAUCAGGAUUGUCUUGUCGAGACCCCAACCAAGUCUUUUUCAG